AUGCCCGGUGCGCUGAGAGAAGCUAAUGUUUCUCGAUAUCUGGUUGGAAUUAGUUUGUUACUGGGUGUAGUCCUGCUAUGGACUGCAUCGAACUUCAUAACGGCGGGUUUGGAGACUGGUGAAAAUAGUUAUAACAAACCCUUUCUAAUAACAUACUUCAACACCGCCUCGUUUACGGUCUACCUUCUCCCCACCCUCUGGCGAAAAUACCGACCGUCUACCUCGAAUGAUCCCCACCAUCGACGAUCCCCUACUUCUCACGGGUAUCUACCCCUCCCUCGUUCACGCUCACCAUCACGUACGAGAUCUAUCAGCUCCUCUCCUAGGACCGCACGACUGUCUCUUGAAGCUGAGCCCGAGCCCACAUUGCAGACCGGACUGCAGGACUACUAUUUAUCACCUAUUUCCGAGACGACCGUGGAAGUGUUACCUAGAUUGACAAUUAGAGAGACCGCCGAGAUAGCUGCUUGGUGGAGUGUCGUGUGGUUCGUAGCUAAUUGGGCCGUUAAUGCUAGUUUGGCGUGGACUAGUGUGGCCAGUGUGACUAUUCUAAGUAGCACAAGUGGAUUCUUCACUUUGGCUUUAGGUAGGAUAUGCGGUGUUGAGACAUUCACCAGGACAAAAGUCUUCGCUGUCAUAUCAAGCUUCAUCGGCGUCUUACUAGUAACUCAAUCCGAUUCAUCCCUCACCUCAUCCUCUGAACCUGGUUCUCUCCCUUCACAUCCCAUAUUCGGUGAUUUCCUCGCAUUGCUCUCAGCAGCGUUCUAUGCGGUUUACGUGAUUUUGUUGAAAGUUAGAGUGGUGGAUGAAGAGAGAGCAGAUAUGCAAUUGAUGUUAGGAUUCGCAGGAUUAUUCAACACCAUCGCUUUAAUUCCGAUAUUCCCAAUUUUACAUUAUACAGGAUGGGAGAAAUUCGAAUUACCACCUUCCAAAGAAGCUGUUAUCAUCUGUUUGAUCAAUUUCUGUAUAACCCUUUCGAGCGAUUAUCUAUAUGUUUUAGCGAUGCUGAAAACUACACCUAUGCUCGUCACCAUCGGUCUAUCACUUACCAUCCCACUGGCAUUAAUUGGAUCAACGUCCAUACCAUCUUCUUCAUCCGGUGCCAUCACACUCAUGUCCCUCGUCGGGGCUGGAUUGGUAUUUGUAGGAUUUGGUAUGUUAGGUUGGCAAGGGUAUGAAGAGACCCGUGUGGUCGAACGAGUAGUGGUAGAUAGGGAUUUCGAUCAGGAGGAAGAUUAA